UGUUUCAGAAGAAGGUGUUCCGCGCUGUUCGUUGCUUUUUCAUUGAUUAGAACACGAGUGUUCCGGCCUCAUCAGCUCAUGGUUCUCCGGCCUUGUUCGUUCCCACAACGAAUUACUUGCGGUGCACGGGUCGGUGUAAUUACGUAUCUACUAGCUACUGAAGACAGUAGUGCUUGCUGUUAGCUUAGCGGUCAGGGAGUGAAGGAACUUUGUAGCAAGUCACUGGAGAGUUACCCAUGCAGCUGCUGGGAGUCUCUCACUCUCUCAUACUUGUUAGUAUUGCUCAUGUACCUGAACCAGCGCUGUAGUGUGGUGUGGUAGCAUAAAUACGUGGUCACGGUAGUGGCUUGGCUUGGCUUGGCUUGGUCAUGGCUGCUAUCAAUCCUAUGGACAGGGCGGUGACGUCCGUACACGAGUUACCGCUAGCUCACUAUCGCAGUCGUGACCCAGUGAAGAACUUGAAGAUCAGAGUUACCUUGAAACGAGCCACCCGCGUGGGAAGAUUGGUCUCCAAUAUUGCCUCCAACAUUGGCUUGGCAGGAGAAGGUAUCUCUACCAGCGCCGUACCAGCAGGCAGCACAGAAACACCGGGGGCAGGCAAAGCAGGCACAGGCAACCAAGAGCAGCAGCAGCAGCAGGCGGUGCAGCCGGAACAGUCACAAGCUGCUGUUGAGAGUGGUGAUAACGACGACUAUACAUUCUCCUGGCAAGAGAAGUUGUUUUCCAGGAGAGAAGAAGAUGCAUACAGUGAUCGUAAUCGUUGUAUCCUGCCUAAAGAUGUCACCUAUCAUAACCUACUGAAUCAGACACGCGAAAGGUACGGAGGAAAGAGGCCAACUCACCACCUGUUUACCUAUGUGGAUCAUGACAACUUCACGGACAAUGAAGAAUUCCAGCGCCAGUCAACGACAUCGCCCAAUGAAGAGCCAUCAUUUUUGGCAGAGCGUUUGAUGACAGUCCGUCGACGUCAUCUAGAGGGGCACAUUGAUACUGCACGUCCGAGCCGUGACAGCUGUGGACGCAUACAGCCGAUUGCCACGUGGAAGACCGACACCAGGCUAGGAGUGGCACACACGACACCGACACGAUGUCAGUGCAUGCACAUCAUGGCCGACCUCACUCCCAAUCAUUUAGAACCAACUCCUCAGGAUGAGUACAUCUUGUGCACAUUGAAGAUCAAUGCCAAUGGUGUUCUUUCCGUGCAACCAGAGUUUACUUGUAGUAGCUCUGUGAGCACAGAGGUACGCCGCACUUCGACAUCAGUAGAGCACAAGAAGUCCUACCUCAUAGAGUCCAGACACCAGGAGCUGUUUGAAUUCACCGUGGAACAUGUUUCCCUGGAGACUGAUAAGGAGACUGAUCAAAAGGAGAAGGAGUUGAUGAAAGAGGUGUAUCGUCGGCGCACAGACUUGCUAUCAAGUGUUGUCGGCGAGGAGUUCUGUGAACCAGUUAGUACAGCCUGCAUUCAAUAUAAUGUACCGGCUCCAGCUGACAUACUAAUCUGUACUUUAUGUCCAAGGCACUCUAUAUCCAAGCCUAAUGCGGACAGUGCACGGAUAGUCCUUCUUGGAGAGAUUGUUUCGGCUGAGCAAUUUGACUCCAGCUCCCUGUUUGUGCACUACUUGAUCAACCUACCGGAAGGUUGGUACGUCACUGACAAGAACUGUCUCUCUGGCUCCACACAGUUGGCAUCAACCAGUUUCUGGGACUGGAGUGGUCUAGUCACGUUUGCCUUGCCGUUGGACAUUGAGUUUAUCUACUGCGACUUGGCUAGAUCAGAAGAUCAACUCAUCCAAUGGCCGGAGAUAUUCUUUGAAGUUUGCUCAAUUGACUUUUGGUCUCGGCAACAUGUGGAGGGAUACUCAAGUUUGAGAAUCCCCGACACCCCGGGUAUGCACGAGUUCCAGCUCAACUCCUGGCGUCCAAUCAACAGUUCCAGCAAAGCGUUGAUGCAGGAGUUCUUUGUUGGUGGUACACCGCAGCUACAAGAUCUAACCUACACAUCUGUUCUCAAGUCUUCAAAGGAGAAUGGACGCCUGAGUAGGUAUGGAUUCAAAACGGAAACAACCGGUCGUCUGAACCUGCGUAUGAGCUGCGUGCACCAGAGCUGUUUGAUCCGUGAGCGACAAAAGCAGCAGAAGAUACUGCAAAUGGCUCAGAGUAGCAAGGCCUCAUCCUCUGCAGGCAGUUCUUCCAUGCAGGGAGUCCUAGAGGCAUUCCAGCUUGCCAAGAAGCGUAUGCAGCGAGCGAGGCAAGGCCUGCUAUGAUCUUCUGCAACGUUCACCAGCAUUGUACUGGUGAAGGUAGCAUUAUCACCAUGGUGGCCAAUGCAAGUUACAUGUAUAUCCAGCAAAUGUACAGACAGUACACACACUGUGUACGUACACAUGUACAGACAGUACACACACUGUGCACGUACACAUGUACAGACAGUACACAGUGUGUACGUACAUGUACACAUGUACAGACAGUACAGGGGACCACCGACCCUCUAUGGAUGAUGAUCGCGAUGUGGUCAACUUGGACUUGUUGCGAUGGUAAUGUAUGAGCAUUCAAAUGAUUGCUCCUUGAACACAACAUGAUACUUUAUGCAGUUCCGCCGGAAUUCCAAUGGCUGAACAUGGCGUGAUGACUCUCUGAACUAUUUUAUCCACAGGGGAGCGUGAGCUCUUUCUUUCUCUCUCUCUCAGGAAUCGACAGUUUUGUGAUUAGUUAGGACUAAUCAUUAUUUUGAAAUAACACUGUUGUCUACUGAUAGGGUCCAGCGGAUUCUGCCGGCAGAAAAAUUGGCAGAAUUCGGUACUUUUUCUGGUAAGUUUCAUGCAUGUUUGGUAUGUGGAUAAAGAAAUGGAGCAGAAUUCGAGGAAUUGCCCGCCAUAAGGUUUGUAUGGUUCUGCCAAUUUUACUGCUUUUCGAGCAGAAUCCGCCACCUUUUCGAGCAGAAUCCGCCGGUCCCUAUCUAUUGAUAGGUUGCACAGACCGACCUGGUUCUACCACUAGGACCUGCCGGUAGGUCCAUCAUACACAGACAUGCUGCAUGCAGGGUUCUAGCCAAAGGGGGCGGAG